CUCCAAGAGGUGCAGACGAAGAAUGUACGUGGUAAGAGAGGCAAGAUGAAGAAAAUGAAGAAAAAGUACGCUGAUCAGGAUGACGAAGAUCGUCGCUUGCUUACGGAAGUAUUGAGUCACGUUGUUGAGCAAGAAGGCAAAAGAUAUCAGUAGCUACUGAAGAAAGUAAUGACGAUAGGCGAGUUUGUCACUUGAAAGAAGAGAAGAACAUUAAUCGUUCAAUGAGUGAUGCUCACGAUCAUUGUCAGCCGGACGUAAACCCAGUCGUCGUACAGCGUGAGCACAUGCGUUGCAUUUCAGAGAACGAGCUCAUUAAUUGCAAGGUUGGUCUUGCUAAGAUCUUAACGCUGGGUAUGCAUAGUUUCAAUGCAAAGUUAGAGUUAAGUGGUUAUCAAAAAAGGCAAAGAAAAAUGGUUCAGCAUUAAUUUUUUGGAUACCUUAAAUUGAUCGAUACCCUG